AUGGCAAUUAAUCCGCCAAACGAAGCUUCGCUGGUCAACUACUCAAAGCUCUCGGCAGCAGCAUCAGCCAAUGUUGACGGAACCGAAGUAUCUGGAGGAGCUGUGGGAGAGAUUCCACUGGACGGGGCAGCAUUUACCCCUGCCAAGGAGGAAGAUGGACCGCCGCCUCCUCCACCCGUUGAAGCUACGCCUUCGGCAACUCCAGCCUAA